AUGGCCGCUCCCUUCAACCCUCCUGCUGCUGAUCUCCCUGGCAAACCCCUUGUCGAGGCAUGGGUUCCUCCCCCUACCACCAAGCAAGACAUCGACUGGGCUCAGCUCAGGACCAUAGAGCUCUCUCUCCUCGACAGCCCUGACUCCGCAGUGGUCCAGAAGCUCGUCGACACAUGUCGCAUUGCCAUCAAAGAUGACGGCUUCAUCUUCCUCACCGACUAUGGUGUGUCUUACGAGCAGCUGCACAGGCAGUUUGACAUCGCUCAACACCUGCACCGUAACAUCAGCGACGAGGACAAGAAGAGACUCCACUGGAACCCCGAUGGCAAUGGAACUUUCGCAGGCUGGAAGCCCCAGUACGGGUGGAAGACCGAGAAGGGUGCCCCAGAUGGCAUCGAGCACUUCAACUACUACGCCCCUCAGUUCGAGAGCCUUGACCGCGUGCCCACUGUCAUGCACCCGUUCUGGGACGAGAUCGUUGCUUUCUGCAACUACCUCACCUUUUCAGUCAACAAACGCCUUCUCAAGCUUUUGUCCAAGGUCCUCGAACUCGACGACGACUACCUCUGGGAUCGGGUUCAGUCUAAGAACAGUCCAGUCGGCCAAGGGUACUUCCGCCAGGCAAUCUACUACCCGGCCGAUGCUGAGCUCUCGGAGCGUGCCAAGGGCUCGAGAAUGAACGGACACUGCGACUACGGGACCACCACCAUGCUCUUUUCUGUCCCCAUCUCGUCCCUCCAGAUCUGGGGCCGCGAUGAGAAGUGGCGCUACGUCAAAUACAACCCUGGUGCUCUGGUCAUCAACAUUGGAGAGACCCUUGAGCUCGUCUCCGGAGGCCAUUUCAGAGCCACUCGUCACCGAGUGGUCGACCCUCCCGAGGACCAGCGUAAUGACGAGCGACUCUCUAUUGUUCUCUUCCAAGCCUCCGAGGGUGACCUUCGCAUGGAGCCUGCUUACGAGUCUCCCCUGCUCGCGCGUGAGGGCUGUAUCGACUCGCAAGGUGCAUACCGCGAGUUCAAGAGGCUUCGCGAGAAGGGUAUUCCUAUCCCCACCAACAGAGAGUGGCGCGAGGUGCAGAUUGCCGAUUCUCAUCACUCUACGGACCCUGCCCCUAACGACAGAGUUUUCUACGUCAAGGGUGUCAAGCACAUUGAGAGAGAGUACCUGGGUGUCAAGAUUGUGCUUCCGGCCUAG